CGAAAAGCAGAAAAAUGCUCCUCUUUCUUGCUUUCGUGGUGAAAUAACGCCAAGGGACGUCUUGAGGGUUAAACGCAGUGUGUAGGAAAGUCAUGCAGGCUAACGAUUUUGCGCACACGACGCCUUGCCCCGAUUCUGGCUUUGUAUCGGGUUGUCAUAAUACGUCGACUCUGUCACAGCCUGCACCAAUGGCGAUCAGUCCACUCAUGCAGUGGGUAUCACCGUCUGGUGCUGACGAAUCACCUUCACCUCCGGCUGUGAAUCCUUAUGGCAUAUUGACCUCAUUCAGACUGCCGGUCACGGCAGCGUCGCCUACUCAGUCCUCAUGGUGCAGCGUCAGCAACCUCAUCGCUGUCGGGCUUACCCCUGAGCCAGGCAACAGCACAGCCCAGAUCAUGGUUAUGGAGCCCUCAAACCCCGAAGACUGCACGUCAUUUAAACUGCCUUUGACAGGGCCCGGAGAUUACAUCAGCCACAUGGAGUGGUCUCCUCCGGGGCAAAGGCGUGCACUGCUGUGUGCGACGGCGUCUGGACGGGUAUUCGUGUGGACGCAGCCUUCGCAGCAGGGCCAAGACGACUCUGUCUUCCCGCGCUGUGUCGACGAUUGGCAUGGUCAGCUGCUCCACGACGCCAGCAGCACCAGUGCGAACAGCAGCAGCAGCAACAAAAACAUCCGCACCAGCAGCAGCAACCGCAGCCUUGUCGGUGCUGGCGGCGCAGCAGGCGGCAGCGGCAACUUGGAGGGGCACCUUCAGGAAGCCCAGCGAGGACGGGGCGUAAAAGCGGAACCCUUGGAAGACGGGGCAGUCGGUGCGGAUGUUGCCGGCGCUAGCAACAACAACACCCAUGGCAAUUCUCUAGCCCAGCAGCAGCAGCAGCAGCUGCCCGCCUUUGCAUGCGUUUGUUGGCUGCGGCAGCCGCCGAGCGGACGCUCCUGGAGGACGUCAGAGCUGGCAGCGAAGCGGCUGCCUUGCUCCUCCGCCUCCUCGUCUGGCGCUGGUGUGGGUGCUGGGUCGGCAGGCGGGGGAGGCGGCAGCGGAGGCGGCGAGGAGGGAGCGGCAAAGCAGCAGCAGCAGGCGCUUGAGAACUUUGACACACUGUUUUGUGAGGAUGCCCUGGUACCUGGGGCGGUACCCCACUGGGCUCGGCCGCACCAACUAACCGCUGCCGUACUAACCUCCAACGGCUCCCUCACCCUGCUGUGGACCACCGCCUCCAAGCUGCCCAACACCCUUUCCUGGCACCGCUCCAAAACCCUAACCCUGCCUCCUCCGCUGCCGUCGCCGUCAUCAGCGGCAGCAACUAACGCAGUGGCGGUAGCAGCAGCAGCAACAGGAACCGGACCCCAUCCGCAGCAGCAGCAGCAGCAGUCGGUGGCAGUGCGGUACGCAUCCAUCUCCGCGGCGCAUGAUGGUACCCUGGCGAUUGCUGCGGUGCUGCAAGAUGGCAGCAGCAGCAGUGGCGCUACUAACGCUGGCGGCAGCAGCGCCGGCGGCGGUGGGGGUAGCGGCGUCAAUGCCGACGGCGGUAGCUGUGGCAACGGCAGCGGCAGCCAUGCCACCCGUGUUGUCCUGUACUGCAUGCGCGGUAAUCCAACACUGUCGGGUCAACCGGUGCCGCAAACGCCGGGGGCAACCGCCACAGCAGCGGCAGCUGCUGCAGCGGGCGCCGCUACCUCCUCGACACCCACAGGGUCGCGGAGGGAGGCGCCGUUACCCACCCUGGAGCCUCAGGCCGAGCUGGACGUCCCGCCAGGGCUGGAUGUACGGCAGUGCCGGCUGCUCGUCCCUGCAUGCGCCGUAAAGCGGCUUUACCUGCUCGCAUCAUCACCAUCACCAUCCACAACAGCAUCAACGACAGCAGCCCACGCCCACGCCCCUAAUAACCACCAGCAACAGCAACCGCAGCAACCGCCGGCGCCUCGUAUCAAGCAGGAGCCCUUCAACAUCGCCACCACCACGACCCAAAUGGACGCCGGUUCGCCUUCUCUCCCCCACGCCCCGCAACCUUCCCAUCGCAUGCAGCCGGAGGUAGAAGCGGUGGUGCUGAGCUACACGGAGAAAGCAGCUGGGCAAGGGGGUGCUUCAGCCGACCCGGGGUCAACAGCGUCAGCCGGUGGAGGUUUCCGCUGGUUCUUAGAACGCAAGGCGACUGUGUCGGACGAGGCUGGCAGCAGCAGCAGCCAAUGGGACGGCGAUUGGACUUCCGAUCGUAUUAGCAAGCACCGAGGUCACAUGGCUCUCGGCGUCGAGAGUACUGAUACUGACAAUGGGGACCAGCAUUCGCAUGCGCCCGGGGCUCUGCUUCAGCAACCCGCGUGGCCGUCCUCCUCCGCAGCAGCAGAGACGUCGAUCAGCGUGUCCUCAGACGGUUCGAAGCUCGUCGUGGCUUUCCGCGGUACGGCGCAGUGCAUGGAUUCCGAAACCCUUGCCGUACUGCGCAAGGUGAAUGCCGUACCCGAAAGUCACUCUGCUGCUACAGCUUAUCUGAGCAGUGGUCGCAAUGCGACUUGGCCUGGCGACAGUCAACAAGGGGUCGUUGGGCAGGGUACGACAACGCCAUCGUACGACAAUGGAGGGGCCGGCCUGGCAAUUGAAACACCACCACCAUCGUCACCACAGCAGCAGGUCCUGGCAUCUACUGUGUGUUUCUCGGCGAACAGCUGUUGCUUGUGCUUCGUUACGGAAGUGGGAAGGCCGCGGCAGAGGCGGAGGCGCCAAUCUGGACAAGGCGACGGCACAGCCGCUAGCGGGAGAGGUCGCCUCAAUGGGGGCGGUGACGAGGACACUGACAUGGCUGAUGCCGAGGCGGCGGCGGCGCCGAAUGGCGACGAGUCGUUCGCCGCCGCCGCGAAUGUGUACGGCAAUGGUGGCGGCGGCGACUAUGAAGCCGAGGCUGACGAGGCUGGCUGGGACGAGGACGGUAGGGUGCUUCUGGAGUUAUACACGGUUCAGGAUGUGGCUACGGAAGGAGGUAACGGUAGCGGCGGUUUCGGAGCCGGUAACAGUACGACAUUAGCUCAUGGCGGCAAUGCGGUGUACGGCAAUGCUGGCGGCGAUGUGGCUGAGGAUGCGGUGUCGUGCAACUUGGAUACCAUGCGGCUGGCGUGGGGGCUACUGCACAAGCUGAGCCUAUGGGAUGUAGCAGAGCGGUUGCGCUGUCGCUGGCGAGCGGGGCAACGCGCCCACGUGGCUCGCUGCCUGGAUCAGCUAGAUGGGCUGUUGUACGGACAUGAGGAGUUUGCUGUACGAGGGGCGUUAGCACCUGGCGUGACGAGGGCCAAGCUGGAAGUCCUGCGACGUCUUCCCGACCCUCACGCAGCCCUGGUGGCCGCAGAUCUCCUGGCGCAUGCUCGUACAGUGCAGUACAGCCAGGCACUGUCGCUGCUGUACAGUCAGCAAUCCGAAGCGCUCUCAAACCCCGAGACACGCGCGCUAGCCGCCCACAUGGUGUGGUUUGUGUUGGAGGUGUGCACCCUCAUGAUGGCUGCCGUACGAAUCUGGGCGGAAGAACAAAGCGGGGCAGGACCAUCAGCAGGAGGAGCGGGAGCCGGAGCAGCAGGGGAUGCGAUCAAGCAGGAGGGUGGAGGUGCAGCAGGAGGAGGAGGAGGAAGUGGGGGAGGUGGGAAUGGCGCGGCAACAGCUGCGGAGGGAGCAGGAGGAGGUGGUGGAGGUGGUGGAACUGCGCUGCUGCCGCUGCUGCGGCUUUACCCUGAUUACCAGCUUAUGAAGCAGAUGCAGCUGGCCUUGCUUGGGACGAGUCUGUCCAAUGCGGCGAGCAGCAAGUCGAGUGCCGAGACGCGCGCCUCGCUGGGCCUGCACGCAGCCAUUCAGGAGGUCCUGGGCAGCGAGGCGGGUGUGCGGGUGCGGUCGCUGAUCCACAUCUCGCUGCAGCUGCAGCACCGGGCGCCCAAGCUGCUCAACUCACACCUGCAGGCUCUUCUACACCAGCAGCAGCAGCAGCAGAGCGGUGGGUCAGCCGGGUCGACAGCAGCAGCUGCAGCUCCUGCACCGGGGGUGCUAGUGCCGGGAGCCGCCGUGGCGCCGGUGACGGCAGCGGAGGUGCAGGACGCAGCCAAGUCGGGAGACUUGCCGCGGGCUCUCAUGCACCGCACGCUAGCCGGCCUCUUCCCCGGGCCCUUCCACGUGCACUGCGUGAGGUGCAAGGGACUCAUCACGGCAGCCUCGCUGGCGCAGAACUUCCGCCAGGAGGAGCUCUCCCGCAUGACGGCGCUGCUGCCCGCCACCCGGGAGGCCCUCCUGGAGCGGUACCGCGGACUGGGGCUGCAGCAGCAGCUGCUGGAGAGCGGCCCGCCGGCGCCCGGCAAGCUGGGAGCGCCGCAUGCAGCGUCACGGGAGCUGUGGAGGAGCUUCAGGUGCGCCGCUCCCUUCCCCGAGCUCCACGCCGCCCAGCUGCCGCCGCACCCUGCCGCCGACUCCUCUCAGCGGCAGCGCUGGCGGCGGCAGCGGUCGGAGGCGAUGGCGCUCGCUAGCUCGGCACCCCUGUGGUCGCAUACGCAUGGUGUCCCAGCUGAGAGCCUCAGUGGAGCCCCCCUGCCCUCGGGAGCCGUGUGGUCGCUGGAAGCCAG